ACUAGCUAUCCUAUAGUAGUAAAAUUAAAACAGCGGAGCUCAAAUGCAUUUAUAUCUAUGGCAUAGAACUACUUUCUAUAAAAUAUUUGAGCUUGCUCUGUCAUUUCAACUCUUCUUGAGCAGAAAACAGAGAAAAUGGCUUUCAUUAUUUCCAGAGGUGAAUCUACUUUCUCAGAGACUGAGAAAUCAAGUCUUGAAGAACACUUAGAGGGCAAGGACUCUGCAAUAGUGGACAAAAUCUCAUCCGAGCUCCAGUUGAAGUCAUCUUUGUCAUCCAAGGCCUCAUCUCAAAGCCUGAGCAAACAAGCUGUUCUUCAGCGCAUCCGUCAGCGAAAGCUGCUUAACAAAAUCAAAAGCACUGUUGAAGGUUUUACCAGCAGCUCCGAAGGCAAUACGGCCACGGAGCAGAGGUGGCUCCAGCAAGAAGACUCUUUCUCUGCACCUUGACCUUAAGCUACCAACGAACAAGUGUAUACUAUACAUCCCGAUAUUAGACAUAAGACUAGUGAAUUAUUGAUUAAUUGUGGGCUGCUAACGUUAAGGUUGCAUUUGCGGUCGAGUACCAAAAUUGUAGCACUAGAUUUUCAUUAGCAGAACUGAAGUUGUAUUUUGUUAUUUUGCAUUCAAAUGUCUUUGGGCUGUGUUCUAAACGGGAAAUUCUUUCAUAGUUAUUCCUUCAUCUCAAUGUAUCUCAAGGUUUGGGAAGCCUUUUCCUUAGAGCAAAAAACACUCUGGAUAAAUAACUAUAAAUAUAUCUUGGAUAUCCUAUUUU